UCUUCACAUUCCCAUCUUUUUCUUCUCUCUCUAAUGGCUGAAGAUUUCUCCAAAGCCGUUGACGACGGCCUCAAGCUCUCCAAGCGAUUAUACUUCGGCAAGGAUAGGGCGGUGGCGCCGCCGAAGCCGCCCCCGUCUAUGGCCAGGUCAACCACCGCGUUCCUUCCUUCGGCGCCGAUGGUUUACGCGGUGAUCUACGAUCCAGGGAUCGUGGACAACCCUGACAUCCCGAGCUACCAGCCACACGUGUACGGAAGGUGCGACCCUCCGGCGCUGAUUCCGCUUCAGAUGAACGCGAUUGAGAUGGAAGCUGAUUGUUAUUUAGACACUGCGUUCGUCACAGUCUCCGGCUCUUGGAGACUCCAUUGCGUUAUGGGUUGCCGCUUCUGCGAUUGCCGUAUUGCUAUUCCCAUGGGUCACCAGGGUUCAAUUCUAGGUGUUGAAGUUAGUGUUUCUAGAAAAUCGUAUUCUACUCAACUGGUAGUUAUGGAAGAUGACAAGGGCAACGAAAACGCCACCCCAGCUCAUGACGGAGGCUUUCUCAAGCCUAAUAUAUUUACUUUGACUAUACCUCAGAUUGAUGGGGGUUCCAAUUUAUCAAUUAAAGUUUGUUGGUCUCAGAAAAUAGUGUACUCCAAUGGUCAGUUCUCUUUGAAUGUGCCGUUUACCUUUCCUGAUUUUGUCAACCCUGCUGCGAAGAAAAUACCAAAGAGAGAAAAGAUAAAGAUAAAUGUGGGUGCUGUUGCUGGAAGUGAGAUUCUGUGUAAGACUGUUAGCCACCCAAUGAAGGAAGUGAGGCGUCAUGCUGGGAGCAUGGGCUUCUCAUAUGAUUCUGAAGUUCUCUCUUGGUCAAAAGUUGAUUUUAGCUUUUCGUAUGCUAUUUCCUCAAGUCAUAUAAAUGGUGGUGUUCUUUUGGAAUCUGCACCUGUGCAUGAUUUUGAUCAAAGAGAGAUGUUCUGCAUGUACCUUUCUCCUGGAGAUAUUCAGAGUGAAAAGGUAUUCAAAAAGGACAUAAUAUUCAUUAUUGAUAUCAGUGGAAGCAUGCGGGGAAAGCUAAUUGAUGACACAAAGAAUGCACUAUUGGCCGCUCUCUCUAAGCUUAAUUCUGAUGAUUCAUUUACAAUAAUAGCUUUUAAUGGAGAGAGCUAUAUAUUUUCAAAAUCAAUGGAAUUGGCUUCCGGGGAUGCUGUUGAAAGGGCCACGGAGUGGAUUACCAAUAAUUUUGUUGCCGGUGGUGGUACAAAUAUUUCACAUCCAUUAACCACGGCAAUAGAGAUGCUAUCCAAUGCGCAAAGUUCAGUUCCAAUAAUUUUCCUAGUUACAGAUGGAACUGUUGAAGAUGAGAGACAAAUUUGUGCUAUGGUAAAGAAUCAUAUGAUCAAUCAAGAGUCAAUAUGUCCCCGAAUUUACACUUUUGGCAUAGGUCCAUUCUGCAAUCAUUAUUUCUUGCGGAUGCUUGCUAUGAUUGGUAGGGGCCAAUAUGAUGCUGCAUUGGAUGUAGAUUUGAUUGAGCCUCGAAUGCUGACAUUGUUUGACAAAGCUUCAUCUCUCAUUUUUGUUAAUAUCAAAAUGGACAUGGAUGAUCUUGAUGAGCUUGAGGUAUACCCUUCUCAUAUUCCAGAUCUUUCAUCAGAGGCUCCAUUGAUUUUGUCUGGAAGAUACAAGGGAAACUUUCCUGAAACUCUUAAAGUCAAAGGUAUAUUGGCUGAUUUCAGUAAUUGUGUAAUAGAUAUGAAGAUACAGAAGGCCAAGGACAUACCUGUACAAAGGGUUUCUGCAAAAGAUCAAAUAGAGCAUCUAACUGCUCAAGCAUGGCUUUCAGAAAAUAAACAACUAGAACAGAAGGUUGCGAAGAUGAGCCUGCAGACUGGCUUUAUCUCUGAGUAUACACGGAUGAUAAUACUUGAGGAUGAUCACCUAAAGAAAGUCAAGGAAUCAGCCGGAACAAAAGAAGUGUCAAAAAAGAGCCAUUCUCAGUAUGAGGCAAACGUCCAAGGCCAGAGAAUGACUUUACUCCCUCACUUAGGCAUUGGCUUUGGCAACUUGACAGCAACUGCUGAAAAUACUCCACCGGGAGCUGAAACGAAAUUGCCUGAAGUGCCUGAAAUCUUUAAGGCGGCCACAAAUUGUUGUGAGACCUUGUGUAGUUACUGCUGUUGCAUGUGUUGCAUCCAAUGUUGUACGCGGAUAAACAACCAAUGUGCAACUGCAUUGACACAACUUUGCAUUGGUCUAGGAUGCUUUGGCUGUCUAACAUGUUGUUCAGAAAUAUGCUGUUCUGGAAACGAAGGCUGAAAUCCCAAUUUGUUGUAUGAUUGUUGUAUUUUACUGCACAUAGGAAUUACUGUUUUUAUAUGUAGUUUUAUUUUUUUGGAAAUGUAUACGAGUAAGGCAUCUAUUGUGUUACGGGGUGCUUUCUUUGCUUGUGUUCUGCUGUAUAGCUUUCUAUGAUACAUACAAUGUUUAAAGUUGCAAUAGAAAGUAAACCCCCUUGUACCAACAAAGAAGAAACUGAAUGAUACAUACAAAGUUUUAUCUGCCAUCAAAGAAGCAUUUUCCUCGUGGAAUAUUUAAUUACC